UUAUUAGGUGAAGGAUCGUUUGGGAAAGUAUUAUUAGUUGAAAAAACUGAUAAAAAAAAAUUAUUUGCAAUGAAAGUAUUAAGAAAGUAAGAAAUUUAAAAAACUAACUCAUAAUUUAGCACAUAACAAGAAAGGGAUAUAUUAGUGAAAAUGAAAUGUCCAUUUAUAGUAAAAAUACAUUACGCAUUUUAGACACCAUAGAAAUUAUAUAUAGUAAUGGAUUUUAUGAUAGGAGGAGAAUUUUAUUAUUUAUUAAAAAAAUCUCCUUUAUUUAAUGAAGAACAUACAGUUUUUUAUUCGGCGCAAAUUUUGUUAGGAAUAGAAGCAUUACAUUAAAAUCUUAUUAUACAUAGAGAUUUAAAACCAUCAAAUAUAUUAAUUGAUUAAUAUGGUAAUAUAAAAUUGGCAGAUUUUGGACUAUCUAAAUUAGGGAUAAAAAAUAAUUAAAAAACACAUAGCUUAUGUGGUACUCCCGAAUAUAUAGCGCCGGAAGUAUUAUUAGAUGAUGGACAUGAUUAAAUGGUUGAUUAUUGGAGUUUAGGUGCUAUUAUAUAUGAAGCGUUAAUAGGAAAGUAACCUUUUUACAAUAAAGAUAAAAUUAAAAUGCUUAAAGAUAGGAUUUUAAAAAAAGUAGAAAUAGAAAAACCUUUAAGUGAAUAGGCAAUAGAUAUAAUCUAAGGUUUAUUAAAUACUAAUCCAAAUGAAAGAUUAGGUAAAAAUGGAAUUUAGGAAAUAAAAUAGCAUCCUUUUUAUGCAAAUAUUGAAUGGGAUAAAUUAAAUAAUAGGGAAAUUUAGCCACCUUUCAAGCCCAUUAUUUAAAGCAAAUAUGAUUUAAAAUAUUUUUCUAAAGUUAUAUAUUAUAUUUUUAUUUAAAUAUUAUUACUUUUUAUAAUAAGUAAUUCACGGGAUAAAAAAUUAAGGAAACUCCUAUAGAUUAUAAAGCAAAUAAAGAUUUAGGGCAUUUUCCUUUAUUUGAUUAUUAUAAGUAUUUUUAUUUUUUUUAAUAUUAAUAUAAUAAUUUAUAUUUCGUUUUUUAUUAGUUCAGAUAAUUAAUAGUCAAUUAAAAUUUGA